AUGAAGCCGCCACACGAAAACGCGGAAGGUGUUAUCGCACAGUUGUCUCAAGAGGAAGGCGAGAGGAAUGUCGCUACUGCUAUCUGCGUACAAUUAGCUGGACGCGCUAUUAUUAGGGUCGUGUCCAGGUGUGAAGAAGCUCAGGAUAAUUGUAAUUUAGAUUUGUCCGAGUGCCAGCUCAUGCAAGUACCUGACGCUGUUUAUCAUCUUAUGAGACACACGGAAUUAAAGUCCUGCGAUUUAUCCGGCAAUGUUAUUACCAAGAUACCUCCUAAGUUCGCGGUCAAGUUUUCGCUGAUCACAGAACUUAAUUUGAGUCAUAAUCAAUUUAGCAAAUUACCUGAGGAACUAGCGGAACUCCAGGAACUGGAGCGGCUGGACAUAUCUCACAACACAUUCAUCUCCUUACCACCUGUGACCUUCAGGAUGCCGCAAUUGAAGCGGCUACUCGCGAACAACAACUCCAUAAUCGACGUCGACGUGGAUAGACUGAAGCUAGCGCCAUCCUUAGAGCUGGUGGACUUGAGAGAAAACACAAUCCCACCAAAAAUCUACGACCAGCUUUCAAACUGCAGUUCCUGUAAGAUAGAACUGUCGCCGAGGCAGGUCGAGGAGUGGGAGGACUUGACCGUCUAG